AUGGGAGGGGAGCAAGCAGAAAAAAUAGCAAAAAUUAUUGGCUAUGAUGGCCAUGAAAGAGUGGAUGCUAUGGGGUUUAGUGGAGGUAUUUGGGUGUAUCGGAAAAAAGAUUUAGUGACAAUCAACCCAAUCCAUAAACACAACCAACACAUCACAAUGGAAAUCACUAGAGUGGGUGCAACUCCUUGGUUUUUCUCUAUUGUGUAUGCAAGUCCGGAUGCCACGAAAAGAAAAGAAUUGUGGGAAGAAUUGAAAUCCUUUGCUACUCAACACAACAAACCUUGGUUGAUAGCAGGAGAUUUUAAUGACACAAAGUUCCUCUCGGAGAGGAAUACUUCAUGUAGGGAAACUGAUAGAAGAUCCGCCUUAUUCAAUGAAAGGAUUGAGGAUAUGGAUCUCAUUGAGGUUGAAUUCUCAGGGGCGGCUCAUACUUGGGCCAGAGGUCGUUCACUGGAAACUAGGCAAAGUGGUAGACUCGAUAGAGCUUUAUGUAAUGAAGGAUGGGCUUUGCGUUUUGAGAAGGCUUCAAUGAAACAUCUUACUGCCAUUCACUCUGACCAUUGCCCAAUUUUUAUAUCCCCUAAUGGUUUUGUUCCAAUUCAAGCUCUUCAUAGACCCUUUCGAUUCCAAUCUACAUGGAUGUCACAUGAAAAUUUCCAGGAAUUUGUGUCUCAAAAAUGGGAUAAAAGCAGGCCCUUGAUGUCUGCUCUGUCAAAGCUUUCAAAUGAUUUAAUGCUAUGGAAUCGAGAUACUUUCGGAAACAUAUUUGAGCAGAAAAGACCUUGGUAG